UUGGAGUUGGAGGAGCCAGCCUUGAAUACCAGCUCUGCAACUCACCUACUGGAUGAUAGGAUCCAGAAAGAUCUUACUUCAAAAGCUAAAUCACUGGGGGAAGAGAUGUUCCAGUAGAAGUUAGACAUCUUUUCUUCUUGAACAAGAAUCUCCUGUCCCUUAGACCAAGAGAAAAAUGACCCACCUUAGAGGACACCACUUGAUCUACCUCCUGGUACUUCUGGCACUUUGGAGUGGAGAUGGCUGCCGGGCACAAAGGGCAGGGUGCAAAAAUGUCCACUAUGAUCUAGUCUUUAUCUUGGAUACUUCCUCCAGUGUGGGCAAAGAUGACUUUGAGAAGGUCCGGCAGUGGGUGGCCAACUUGGUAGAAACCUUUGAGAUUGGGCCAGACAGGACUCGAGUAGGUGUGGUUCGCUAUAGUGACCGUACCAUCACUGAGUUUGACCUCGGGAAGUAUUGGACUCGAGAGGAAGUCAAAGCAGCUGCCCGGAACAUUAAUUAUCAUGGCGGCAACACCAAUACUGGUGAUGCGCUCCGCUACAUAACCACAUACAGCUUUUCCAAAGAGGCAGGUGGGCGGCCAAGUGACAGGGUCAUCAAGAAAGUUGCUAUCCUCUUGACUGAUGGGAGGAGUCAAGAUAUUGUUCUGGAUGCAGCAGCGGCUGCUCACAAAGCUGGGAUCAGGAUCUUUGCUGUUGGUGUUGGGGAAGCCCUGAAGGAAGAGCUCGAUGAAAUUGCUUCUGAGCCCAAGUCAGCCCAUGUAUUCCAUGUCUCAGAUUUCAAUGCCAUUGAUAAGAUCCGAGGGAAGUUGAGACGCCGCCUUUGCGAAAAUGUGCUGUGCCCCAGUGUACGUGUGGAAGGAGAUCGUUUUAAGCACACCAAUGGAGGAACCAAUGAAAUCACAGGUUUUGACCUGAUGGAUUUAUUCAGUGUGAAGGACAUCUUGGGGAAGAAAGAAGGUGGUGCUCAGAGUUCCUAUGUCCGAAUGGGAUCAUUUCCAGUGGUUCAAAGGACUGAGGAUGUAUUUCCCCAAGGUCUACCUGAUGAGUAUGCUUUUGUCACUACUUUCCGGUUCAGGAAAACUUCACGAAGAGAAGACUGGUAUAUCUGGCAAGUCAUUGACAAAUAUGGAAUUCCACAGGUCUCUAUCCGGCUAGAUGGGGAGAACAAAGCUGUGGAGUAUAAUGCUGUGGGGGUGAUGAAGGAUGCAGUCCGGGUGGUCUUCCGGGGUGUGCCAGUUAGUGACUUAUUUGACCGACACUGGCACAAGAUUGCUCUCAGCAUCCAGGCCAAGAAUGUGUCCCUCUACAUUGACUGCAAGCUGGUACAGACACUGCCCAUUGAGGAAAGAGAAAACAUCGACAUCCAGGGAAAGACUGUGAUUGGCAAGCGCCUCUAUGACAGUGUGCCCAUUGAUUUUGAUCUGCAGCGGAUAGUGAUUUAUUGUGACUCUCGACAUGCUGAAUUGGAAACCUGCUGUGACAUCCCUUCAGGACCAUGCCAGGUGACUGUCAUCACAGAAGCCCCUCUACCAGAGAUACCACCCACAAUUGGCAGUGAGCAGAUUGGCUUUCUGAAGACCAUCAAUUGUUCCUGCCCUACUGGGGAAAAGGGUGAGAGGGGCAUCGAGGGACCACGAGGUCUCAAGGGAGAAACUGGAGCUCAAGGACAGAGUGGAGUCCCUGGACCCAAAGGAGAGAAAGGUGAUUGGUAAGGUCAGGGAACAUUUUUCAAAGGAGAAAAAGGUGAAAAGGGCUCCUUGGGUUUACCUGGACCCCCAGGGAGAGAAGGAGCCAAGGGUGUUCGGGGGGAGCCAGGGGAACCUGGAUUACCUGGUGAGGUGGGUCUGAAGGGACCAGUGGGGCCUCCAGGACCACCAGGUCUUCCUGGAGAGAUCGGGAUUCCGGGUCUCCAAGGAGAGCGAGGAGAAAGAGGGCCUCGAGGAGAUAAGGGAGAGCAAGGCUUAGACGGAUUACCUGGAAAGCCUGGAGAAGAAGGGAAGCAGGGCAGUCCUGGCACUCCAGGUGUGGCUGGUCUCCAAGGAGAAAAGGGUGAAGUUGGACCACCUGGGCCACCUGGUAUACCAGGCUCUGUGGUGCAGAAGGAGGGCCUGAAAGGAGAACAAGGGGCUCCAGGACCACGUGGUCAUCAGGGCUUACCUGGUCCUCCAGGAGCACCAGGUCCAAUGGGUCCUGAAGGCAAAGAGGGACUUCCUGGUUCUCCAGGACAGCGGGGCAAGAAAGGUGAAGCUGGCAUACCUGGACUCAAUGGAUUACCAGGACCUCCUGGCUCUCAAGGAUCUCCUGGUGUCCCAGGACCACCUGGGCCAGUUGGUCCCCCAGGCCUAUCUGGAGAGAUUGGCUUCUCUGGAAAACCUGGUCAGCCUGGCCAACCAGGCUCCCCUGGUAAAGAUGGGACAAAUGGACUUCCUGGAUUGCAAGGCCCUAAGGGAGAUCCAGGAGAACGAGGAGAAGAUGGCUUGCCCGGGAAUCCUGGACCUAGGGGUGAAGCUGGGGAGCAAGGUCUAGCGGGCAUGCCUGGUGAGAAGGGAGAAAUGGGGCUUCCAGGAUCUCCAGGGAUCCAAGGACUAAGAGGAGAGAAGGGAGAUGAGGGUGAAAAAGGUGGCCUGGGACUCCCUGGACUGAAAGGUGACAGAGGUGAAAAGGGGGAAGCUGGUCCUGCUGGUCCUGCUGGUCCCCCUGGUCCCCCUGGCUUCCCUGGAACAACAUCUUUGUUGACUCCACAUCCUCACAUCCCGGGGGAAGCUGGACAAAAAGGAGAAAAAGGAGAUCCAGGCAUCAGUGGGGAACCUGGACCCCGUGGUUUUCCAGGUGAAGUUGGACCAAAGGGACCUCCAGGACCCCCAGGUGCUCAAGGCCCAGAAGGAGCCCGAGGGGGACCUGGAGCGGCUGGAAACACUGGAGCUCCUGGACCAAUAGGUCCUCCUGGUGCUCGUGGUCUCCCAGGAAAUGUGGGUGUACCUGGAGUCAUGGGCCCACCAGGAAAAACUGGAGAGAGAGGAGAAAAAGGGGAGCCUGGUGAAGAAGGAAAAACAGGACCACUUGGUCCCAGAGGUGACCUUGGCCCUCCUGGAGAACCUGGGCUGCCUGGGAAAGGGAAAGAAGGAGAGCCAGGACGUCCUGGUGAGCCUGGGUUACCGGGGCCUCAAGGGCACAAGGGGGACCGAGGUGCUCCAGGCUUGCCUGGCCAACCUGGAAAUAGAGGAGGCUCAGGAAUUGGAGUAGCAGGCCCUCCUGGCUCCAUUGGACCACCAGGGGAAAAAGGACCACCAGGAUCUCGAGGUUUACCCGGAUUCCCAGGUCCACAAGGUCCAGCUGGACAAGAUGGCCUACCCGGAAAUCCAGGAGAAAGAGGACCACCAGGAAAACCAGGUCCCUCUCCUCUUCUAUCUCCAGAGGAUCUCAACCUCUUAGUGAAGGAUGUGUGCAAUGACUGUCCACCUGGUCCUCCAGGACUUCCUGGCCUUCCAGGGCUGAAGGGUGAUAAGGGCCUCCAAGGAAAACCUGGAAGAGAUGGUGCAGAUGGAAAAAAGGGAGAUGCUGGACUCAAAGGCCUCCCAGGACCUCCAGGAGUAACUGGACCAAAGGGCACUAAAGGAGAACCUGGAGCAGAUGGUGAGAUUGGACAAAAAGGUGAACAGGGUCAUCCUGGAGUUCCUGGUUUCAUGGGACCAGCUGGGGAUCCAGGGCCACCUGGGACAGUUGGUGCCUCAGGACCUGCCGGCCCACCAGGAAGCCCAGGAGUAACAGGUAAAGAUGGUCCUCCUGGUCCCCAAGGCCCACCUGGAUUACCUGGAAUUCCUGGUGAAGAAGGGAAGGAAGGUAAAGAUGGAAAGCCGGGCCCGCCUGGAGAACUAGGUCCUUCAGGAGAACCAGGCCUUCCAGGACAAGAUGGUGCCAGAGGACCACCUGGAUUCAAGGGACAUACAGGAGACUCUGGUCCACCUGGCCCUAGGGGAGAGCCAGGAACACCAGGUCCUGCAGGCAGAGAAGGGUCACCAGGGAAAGAUGGUGACACUGGACCCACAGGGCCCCCAGGUGCUCAGGGACUUAGGGGAAUCCCGGGUAAAAAUGGAUCACCCGGCUCUCCUGGAGAUCCUGGCCAACCAGGUAACCCAGGGCAGAAAGGAAACAAAGGGGAUAAAGGUAGCCCAGGACUUCCAGGAUUCCAGGGACCUCGGGGACCGCAGGGAGAACAAGGAGAAAAAGGGAUCCCAGGAAAAGAGGGUGCCUCAGGAAAACCAGGAGAACAGGGUGCAAAAGGAGAAAGGGGAGAUCCUGGGGUCAAAGGAGAGAAGGGGACCCAAGGACAAAAGGGUCAGCCUGGGGAGCCAGGAUUACCAGGUCAUAAAGGCCACACAGGAUUGAUGGGCCCUCAUGGACCUCCAGGAGAAAGUGGACCUGCUGGGCCUCCUGGACCUCCAGGACAGCCAGGAUUUCCUGGAGCAAGGGGAGAUUCACCAUCAGUGGACACUCUUCGAAGGCUUAUCCAAGAAGAGUUAGGGAAGCAACUUGAAACCAAACUAGCAUACCUCCUGGCCCAGAUGCCGCCAGCACAUGUUAGAACAACUCAGGGCCGGCCAGGGCCCCCUGGACCUCCUGGAAAAGAUGGUCUUCCUGGAAGAGUAGGUCCUAUGGGGGAGCCAGGCCGGCCUGGACAAGUGGGCUUAGAAGGGCCAUCUGGCCCCAUGGGGCCCAAAGGUGAACGAGGUGCAAAGGGUGAUCAAGGAGAGCCUGGAGUUGGCCAGCGAGGAGAAAUAGGACCUCCUGGAAUACCAGGUCAGCCUGGGGAGCCUGGCUACGGGAAAGAUGGCAUUCCGGGGAUCCCUGGUCCUCAAGGAGAAGCAGGACAAGCUGGCCCCCCUGGCCCUCAGGGGCCCCCCGGCCCCAGCGGACAGUGUGACCCUUCUCAGUGUGCUUACUUCGCCAGUCUUGCAGCCCGGCCUGGCAAUGUGAAGGGACACUAGAGAGUACUGAGGAAGCCAAGGAGAUGUGAGGAGGAUUUUCUGAAACUUGAACUUUGAACUGAAGAGGAAACCAGGGGUUCACAGAUCUCUUGGGCCAUGAUGUCACUUUUUAUUUGUUGUGGGAGGCUUUCUAAAUGAUUAAAACCAACAGAUGCUGCCGGUCGGUCAGAUGAUGAUGAUUAUUAUUGUAAUGAUUAAUAUUAUUAUCCUUAAUUAUUAUGAUGAUUAUUUUAUAUCCUUUACGUGAGAUGGAAGGGUCUUAUUUUCUCAUCUCUAAUGUCAGAGCAUGUGGUACCCUUUUCCCCCCUAAUUUGUGUUUUUGUUUUGUUCAGAUUGGCAUCACCAAUCUGAUGUCUGCUUACCAUUUUUAAGAAAAUGUUCUCUCAAUUAUCUUGUCCCCAGAAGACAGAGUCAGGAGCAAUAGAAGAAAGUUAAGGAGAAGUAGACUGAAGUUCAAUGUCAGGGAAAAUUUCCUAACAAUUAGAGCUGACCACAGGUGAAAUGGGCUAUCUUGGGAGGUAAUGGAUUCCUGUCAUUGGAAAACUUCAAAUUGAGUCUGGAUGGUCAUGUGUCCAGGAGAGGCUGUGUGGUGUAAGGGAAAGGGCACUGGAUUUAGAGUCAGAGGCCAUGGCUUCUAAUCUCUGCUCUGUUAACAGCUUAAUACCCAUGUGACUUUGGCUGGACAAAGUCACUUCACCUGGGACCCUGAGUUGACUCAUCUACAGAGUGAAAGGAUAGGACUGGAAAUCUCUCAAAUGACUUCCAGCUUCAAAUCCUCUGACAUAAAGGAUUGUCCUGUGCACAUAGGAAUUAGAAUAGUUGACCUCUCAGGUUUCUGAUUCUUUUCUUGGUGCUAGAAAUUUGGGGGUUUCUUCAUAUGUUACCAUAAUCCAGAGGGAAUAGUGUAAAGGAAGUUGUUGUCCAGUCAGCUGAUGGUCUUCAUAGAUCCCAACGUCAAACUUUACCACUUUUUUUUUUUUGUGAGGCAAUUGGGGUUAAGUGACUUG